AUGCUGCCGUCGCGUGCCGCGGCCCCGGCGGGCCCCGCGGACGUGGCAUCCGGCCUCCGCGCGGGCCUGGCGCUGCUGCGGAGCGGUGCCGGCGCAGAGCCCGCGCGGGCCCGCGGGCUCGCCCGGCGGCGGUGCCCCGCCCGCGCCGCGGCCAACACGACGGCGUGCGCCGUGGGCCGGUUGGCGGAGUUCGUGCUGUGCUCGCAGGCGCGGCUGCUGCAGGGCGACCCCGUCGGGGCGCUGCGGGGCGUGCGGCGCGCGAACGCCCUGCUGCCGCUCGCCGCGCACUGCCUCGGGGGGGAGGCCUGGCCGCUGACCGCGGCGGAGGUCUACGACAACUUCCGCAACGCGGCGCGAGCGCUCGGCGAGCACGUGUCCCCGGGCGAGGAGGAGCGCGCCGGCUUCUUCGCGAAGCCCUACUCGGAGGAGGUCUGGGCGGAGAAGGCCGCCCUGAAGUCGGGCGAGCUCCGCGACGAGCUGGCGUGGCAGCCGCAGGGCGCAGCGGGCUCCCGGGCGCCCGAGUUCGAGGCGCGCCCGGCGUUCAGUGCCGCGGCCCCGCCCGACUCGAGCGCCCCCGGCGAGCAGCCGUGCGGGCUCGACGGCGGGGCCUCGGCGCACCCGGCGGAGGGCGCCGGCCCGCGGGAGACGGGCGUGCGGCGGCUCUCGCGCAGCGGGUGCGUCUGGCUGCUGGAGGGCGCCUGCAUCGAGGACCGCCGCGUGGUGGCCUUCGCCAGGGGCCCCUCUUCCGGGGCGGCUGGCCCCCUGACGCUGCCCCGCACCUCUGGCGGCGUCGGACCGCCACGCAAGCUGCUGGGCUGCGGCGAGUUCGGCAACUACGACUUCAAUGCCGUCGAGGUGCGGCACCCGCGCUCGAUGCCCCACAUGGUCCACAACGCGAGCGGGGCGGAGGGUGAACUCCUGGACACCCUCCUCGUCGUGCCUGGUCUCAUGAGCGGCGUGUCGCUUCUGAAUCCCUUCCACGUCCUCCACUCCACCAUCCCGGCCGCGUGGCAGCUCCAUCACCCCAGCUACGGGCUGUGCGUCCCCCGUGACCGGCUCGACGUGCGCCUGGCGUUCCUGUCGGCCUUCCACGGGGGGAGGUCGGCCCACUUCUGGAAGAUGUUCACCCGCGUCAGAGGCAAAGAGGACGACACCGCGGACGGCAACAACCAGCAGUUCCUCAUCGCGUCGCAGUGGCGAUUCUGGUGGGGGCCCCUGACCACUCGGCCGCCCAUGCCGCUCGGCGCCGACCCCGGCCCCCGGUGCUACCGCCGGGUGAUCUUCGGCAGGGAGCUGUUCCGCACGGGCCGCGGGGGCUUCGGCUCGCAGCGGGUAGUGGACUUCUACAAGCAGUACGUGGCCGCAGUCCUCAGGCCACGCCAACGGCCCGUCGGCUCCCCGCGGGCCGCUGCCGGGUCGGACGAGCCCGAGUGGGCCAUCUUCGCCGACAUGCGGCCUGGGCUGCCGAGGGCGCGCCCCGACCCUUUCGCGCUGGAGGAGCUGCAGGAGAGGCACGAUGCCCCUUUCUUCACCGCGGAGGGGGCUGCCCGCCUCGCGACGCGGCCCUUCCAGCUCUGGACGGCGGGCGGGGGCGCCGCGCCCGGCGGCGGGGCCGCGCCGGCGGUGCAGACCCAGCUCGCCUUCUCCGCGGCGCCCUCGGCGGCAGGAGCACCUGCGCGAAGGGUGCACGUGCUGCUCGUCCAGCGGCCCAAGGGCGCGGGCAGAUGGAUCGCCAACGUGGGCGAGGCCGUCGAGUGGCUGCGCGGCUGGGAGCACCCGCGGGCGAGCGUGGCCCUGCUGGUCGCAGACCUGGGCACGCUGCACCCGGCCGCACAGUGGCGGCUGGCGAGCCAGGCGCACGUCCUCGUGGGCGUCACGGGCGCGGCCCUGGCGUGGACGGCGUUCCUGCCUCCGGGGGCGGUCGUGCUCGACCUGUUCCCGCCUGGUUCGGGCUUCUGCAGCGAGGGGUGGGACAGGAACCCCGUGAGCCACUACGGCGGCCUGGCCAGGCUGGCGCGCGUGCGGCACGGCUGCAUGGUGCAUCCCGCCGAGCUGCAGGGCCCCCUGCCGGAGGGCGGCGACGUCGCGCACGAGGCCCGGAGGGAGAUCCGCGAGAAGCUCGGCGGCUUCUGGCACAAUCAAGACGUGAGGCUGGACAUCGGCAGGAUGCAGCGCUUCCUCGGUGAGGCCAUCGACUGGGUUCUCGAGCACGCGCCACCCGCGUGA